UAAAAAUCAAUGCGCAUUUUAUAUAAUUCAUGAUUGAUGGAUGUGGUUGAUGCAUGGAUGCAUGCACAUGCCACAAUUUACCAUCCCAUGGAAAUAAAAAGGAAUAAAAAAUACACAAAAACAAUUGAAGAGAAAGAAUAGCAUUUGACUUGAUUUCGGAAAAAGAAAAAAGUUAAGUGGGGAAGGGAAUGGAAAGGAAAAAACUAGAAUUGGAUCGAAUACAAUUUUGACGUCCGCAAGGGCAACACAAACCCUCUCUUAUUUUCUCUCUCUAUUUUUUUUCUCUCUGCGGUUUCUCUCUCUAGGAUACAGCGAAGAAGAACUGGGCACAUAGACAAGAAGAAUAUUGAAGUGAAGUAAAAAAGGAAGCUAAGAAAAGAAGAAUUGAUUGAGAGAGAAGAGAAAAAGGUUUUUUGGUUUUUUUGUUAGUAAGAUAUAAAGAUAUUUCAUCGCUUCAGUUUAUUCAAGCAAAAAAUAAAAGAAUUGAAGUGAUAAGAGAGUUUGAAAAAUUGGGUGUUUUGGGAUAUAUUUUGAUUGAAAUUGAAGCUUUGGAGAUUUAGAAGACUUCUCUUUGUUUAACGGUGGGAAUUUUUAAUAAUGGAUUCAUGCCAAAACCAUUCCAGUGUUGGUUGUCUUAUGGAGAGGGUGUAAUUUUAGAAUGCUCAGAAUCAGAGCUCCUUCUUGAGCUUCCGUUUUAUUUGGUCUUGGCCUCUUGUAUUGUGGAACAGAAAGCUAUAUGCUCAGGCACAGAACUUACCACUUCUUAUUUGUGCACAAUGAGUAUGAAGCUGAAAGCAGUUUAGUUGGGGAUAAACUGUUGACUACAUUGUGCUCUACUGCUGUAUUUUUAUGUUUUUCUAUGUAACUUUUGUUUAUUAUUUAAUUGAAUUCAUGUUGUUUUAGAUAGUUGUCCCAGUUUUGUGAGUGUUAGAUAGUGAUUCUUGAAACAUGGUACCAUCGGGGCCUUCUACUCCUAUAGGUGGUGCGCAGUCUAUUCCACCUUCACUUUUGCGGUCAAAUUCAGGGAUGCUAGGAGCCCAAGGGGGUGGUCUUCCUUCUCAAACUGGAUUCCCUUCAUUAGUGUCACCUCGCACUCAGUUUAAUAAUAUGAAUAUGCUUGGGAAUGUGCCCAACGUGUCUGCCCUUCUUAAUCAGUCAUUUGGAAAUGGGGGUCCAAACCCUCAUUUUUCUGGUCCUGGGAGUAGCCAGCGUGGAGGAAUUGUCUCUGGGGCCGAAUCUGAUCGACUUUCAAAUGUAGGUAAUGGGAUGGGGUUUAAUGCUCCCUCAUCAUCAUUUGUGCCAUCAAACAUGGCAAACCCUUGUUCGUCUGCUCAAGUUCAAGGUCAGCAAUUUUCAAACCUUUCUGGUAACCAUAUUUUACCAGAUCAACAGCAGUCCCAACAAGUCGAGUCGCAACAUUUCCAACAUGGUCAACAAGCAAUGCAACAGUUCUCUACCUCUCACAACAACCAACAAGGGCAGCAGCAGCAGCAACAGUUUCAACCUAUUAGAGGAGGAUUGACUGGUGCUGGGGCUGUCAAAUUGGAGCCACAAAUGACUAAUGAUCAGCAUGGCCAGCAGCAACAGCAACAACAAUUGCAAUCAUUGCGAAAUCUUGCUCCAGUGAAACUGGAACUACAGCAAAUCCCACCUAUGAGAACUUUGGCACAGGUAAAAAUGGAACCCCAACAUUCAGAUCAGUCAUUGUUUUUGCAUCAACAACAGCAGCAGCAACAGCAGCAGCAGCAGCAACAGCAACAACAACAGCAGCAGCAGCAGCAACAGCAACAACAACAGCAGCACCAGCAGUUACUUCACAUGCCACGGCAGCCCUCACAAGCUGCUGCUGCCCAAAUUAAUCUUUUGCAUCAACAAAGACUCUUGCAGCUUCAACAACAACACCACCAACACCACCAACAGCAACUUUUGAAAGCAAUGCCUCAGCAAAGGUCUCAAUUACCACAGCAGUUUCAACAGCAGAAUUUGCCUUUGCGAUCACCUGUGAAAUCAGUCUAUGAGCCUGGGAUGUGUGCCCGGCGUCUGACACAUUACAUGUAUCAGCAACAACAUAGACCUGAUGACAACAAUAUUGAAUUUUGGAGAAAAUUUGUUGCUGAGUACUUUGCUCCAAAUGCCAAAAAGAAGUGGUGUGUUUCUAUGUACGGAAGUGGCCGUCAAACAACUGGUGUUUUCCCUCAGGAUGUAUGGCACUGUGAAAUAUGCAACCGCAAGCCAGGACGUGGUUUUGAGGCAACUGUUGAGGUUCUACCUAGGCUUUUCAAAAUUAAAUAUGAAAGUGGUACUUUGGAAGAACUUCUUUAUGUUGAUAUGCCCCGUGAGUAUCAGAAUUCAUCUGGUCAAAUUGUCCUGGACUAUGCAAAAGCAAUACAAGAAAGCGUUUUUGAGCAACUUCGUGUCGUUCGUGAUGGACAGCUUCGGAUAGUUUUCUCACCAGACCUGAAGAUUUGUUGUUGGGAAUUUUGUGCUCGGCGCCAUGAAGAACUCAUCCCUAGAAGAUUGUUGAUACCUCAGGUAAGUCAGCUUGGGGCCGCAGCUCAAAAGUAUCAAGCAGCAACCCAAAAUGCAUCAACAAAUUUAUCUGCUCCAGAGUUGCAGAAUAACUGUAACUUGUUUGUAGCAUCAGCUCGGCAAUUGGCAAAAGCCUUGGAAGUGCCAUUGGUAAAUGAUUUGGGUUAUACGAAGAGAUAUGUACGGUGUCUUCAGAUAUCUGAAGUUGUUAAUAGCAUGAAAGACUUGAUUGAUUACAGUAGAGAAACAAGGACUGGACCCAUGGAGAGUUUGACUAAGUUUCCUCGAAGGACAAGCACUUCAUCUGGUUUUCAUGCUCAAGCUCAACAGCCUGAGGAGCGGCUACAACAGCAACAGCAACAGCAGCAGCAGACAUCGCAACAGCAAAUGAUGGCCCAGAGUUCUAAUAGUGAUCAAAGUUCUGCCCAGGCCACUAACAAUGGUGGGGCUAAUGUAAAUAACUCUCUUAAUGCAGCAUCUGCAUCAACACCUGCUGGCGCCAUUGUUGGGCUUUUACACCAGAAUUCCAUGAACUCCAGGCACCAGAAUUCUAUGAAUAAUGCAAGCAGUCCCUAUGGUGGAAAUUCUGUUCAGAUUCCUUCCCCUGGUUCCUCUGGUACAAUACCGCAAGCACAACCAAAUCCUUCUCCAUUUCAGUCACCAACACCCUCCACAUCCAAUAAUCCUCAAGCUCAACAUGGUGCCUUAGCAGCUUCUAGUCACAUGAGCUCUGCAAAUUCUCCUGUGAAUAUGCCCAUGCAGCAGCCAGCUCUUUCUGGUGAGGUUGAUCCAAGUGAAUCACAAAGCUCUGUUCAGAAAAUCAUUCAUGAAAUAAUGUCUAGUCAACUUAAUGGCACAGGUGGUCUGGUUGGCGUUGGCACUCUAGGCCAUGAUGUGAAGAGUGCAAAUGGAUUGUUGCCAACAGGUAACAAUACGGUUCUCAAUGGUGGCAACGGUUUGGUGGGGAAUGGAACUGUCAACAAUAAUUCCGGUAUUGGUAGCAGUGGGUUUGGUUCAAUGGGUGGUGGGCUUGGCCAGUCUGCUAUUGGAAUCAGAGCUGCUAUGGGUAAUAACCCUGUCACGAAUGGAAGGGUAGGCAUGACACCAAUGGCUCGGAAUCAAGGUAUGAAUCACCAACAACAGGAUUUGGGGAACCAGCUGCUUAGUGGUAUAGGAGCAGUUAAUGGUUUUAAUAAUCUUCAAUUUGAUUGGAAACCUUCCCCAUGAAAGGAUGUCCGAAAGCUGAUGGUUUUUCGAUUAUAGCUGCUUUUCUGCGGCGUGAGAAUCGGGCAGAAUUGCCUCUGGCCCUGGCUGAAUCAUGGUACAACUAUAUGACAGAUCAAGGGCUUCCCUCCCACUUUGUGUACUAAUUUCAGAAAAGUGAAACAUAUAGCUUAGUGUUUUAUCAAUGAAAUGUUAAAAGCAUCUUUAAGUCGCGCCAAUUCUCAAAUUUGUUUUC